AUGAGUUACACGCAUAUUAUUAUGGAGCAAACGGUAAAUACUGUAAAGCCUUUCCCGACGUUUUUUUGCAGUAAAACAACUGAGGUGACGCCUCCACAAAAUGCAGCGGGAGGCUCUGUCGCAGGGGGGAAUGCCGAGUCGGGAGAGGAGGCGAGUGCUCAAUCAAUUGCUGGUCUGGGAGGGGAAGGAAGCGGUGAACCGAGUGACGAUGGUUCUGCUGGGAGGCUGGCCCACGGCUCGGAGGGAAGUGGCUCGGGUCGUUCGAAGGAAGAUGAAGGUAAAGCAGAGGAAUUAAACCAGCAGGGAGGAGCGCCUCCGUCACCACUGCCACUAGCACCAACAGGGCCGAUAAAUUUGCCGAGGUCAGCGGAACCCGGUGAACCAGCGACCUCCGGUGUGACAACAGAAACACAAUCGGCGCAGCAGCAGCAGUCACAGUUGCCGGCGGCAGGAAACCAAGGCGUUACGGGCGACGGUUCGCCAGAGCCAGGAACGGCAGCCGCAUCAGGUGCCACGCGGAGCACACCAGCAUGGGGUGACGCUGAGCCAACAUCCCCAUCCCCAGGCGGCCAGGCUGCUGCCAGCGGUCCGGGCGAAAACUCCGCAGCGGAGGGGACUCCCAACGGCACCCCGCCGUCUGCUGCCGCGGUGACGCACGACAACAAUACCAACACCACCGACACGGCCACCAGCGAGAGAAAUUCUACGGCGGCAGGCAUGCUGGCUCCACUUUCCUCUGCGCCCAGAACGAAGGCGCUGGAGAGCGGCGUCGGAAAUGACGCCUGCUUCCAUGACACCCGUCUGCAUGCCCCGCUGCUGCUCGCUCUGGCUGCGCUUGCGUACGCCGCUCUGGGCUGA